AUGGCUGCGCAGUCGCGGGUGGGUGUCUUCCUGUUCCCGGCUUCAUCUGGGGGUCUCCCAGCCACCGAGGUCACGUUCGCUAGGCUGGCCAAAGCCCGCGGCUACACCACAGCGAUUGUCGGUACAGAAGGUUCUGGAAUGCCCAGGGCGGGGGCAGGACUUCCAGGGCUGUCUGUCACCAAUGAACUUCCGGUCCCAGGGAAGUGGCACCUGGGCCUGAGCUGCCGGCACCCGCGCGACUUCUGCCACCACCUGCAGGUCCACGGCUUCGACCAGUUCUUCGGGCUCCCAACCACCAACCUGCGGGACUGCAAGCUGGGGGCUGGCACAGUGUUUGAGGGCGCCGUGUGCUGGAUCGUGGUGGUCCCCAUGCAGGCCCUGGGUGCCGCUGCUCUGACCCUGGCCGCCCUGCGCUGCCUCGGCUUGGCGCUGCCGCCUGCUGCCUUCCUGGGCCUCCUGCUGCCCGUGGUCAUCUUGCUGGGUGGCCAUUUCCUGUUCCGACGCUACUUCUGGCCACUCCACUGCUUCCUCAUGUGCGACUUCGAAGUGGCCCAGCAGCCUCUGGACUAUGGGAACCUCACACAGAGGCUCACGGAGGAGGCCACGGGGUUCAUACGGUGGAUCCUGCAGGUCCUGGACAAGCUGGGCCUGGCUGGCUGCACCCUCGUCUACUUCUCAUCUGACCAGGGCGCCCACGUGGAGGAGGUGAUGGCCACAGGCGAGGUCCACGGGGGCAGCAAUGGCAUCUACAGGGGUCAGCAGGGGUACAGACCAGUCUCAGGGUCACAGUGUCACAAUAAGAGUCCCCCAAGGCCCAGGGGGAGGCAUCAGGUGCAUCCUGGAGGGGACCGUGUCACAAUAAAAGCCCCCAUGGUCAAAAUGGAGACAUCUGGGGCAUCCUGGAGGGGACGCUGUCAUAAUAAGUGUCUCUGCCAGAGCAGGCCCCGUUAUAAUAAAAGUCCCUCACGGUCAAAAUGGAGGCAUCUGGUUUGUCCUGGAGAGGACCGUGUCAUAAUAACAGUCCCUCCUAGAGCAGAUCCUGUCAUAAAAUUCCCCCAUGGUCCAGCUCAAACCUAUGAUGUCAUGAAAAGGACACUAUUAUAA